AUGCCACCAAGUACAAGUAUCAAAGGAUUUGAUCCAAAAAUGUGGGCUAUAGUAUUGCAUCAAAUGCAAAAAGCUGACGUUAGCAGGAAAGACGAUAUUAUUACUAUGGUUGCAGCGUAUAUUGAAAGAGGAAACACUGUUUCAAAAAUGAAUAAGAAUUCUUUACCUUCUUUCGCAAGUACUAUACAACGAUUGAUCGCAGUUUAUAACUUGGUUGAUAAAGAUGGAUCAAAUCCAAUGGCUCUUACUUUGUCUAGAGUGGCAGAGUGUUUUCCAAAAUUAGCAUGUAGUUAUUGUAUGUCAGGAGCUAAGAACUUAACAGUUUCAAUUGAUGAAAUGCAUUCUGUUUGUGAGGGCUAUCCAAAAUUUAUGAUGUGCCAAGCUUUUACUGCGUUAAUACCAAAAGAAGGAGAAUAUACACAGACAUUAUUAAAAGCCCAUGCGCUAUUCUUGUACCGUUUUUCUUUAAAAAUUACAAGCUAUUCAAUGAAAAAGAAAUCAGUUGAGAAAACGGUUCAAGAUGCGUGGAAAUAUAUGAAAAUAGUGCAUGAACGCUCAUAUAUGGAGGACAGUCAGAAAAUAGAUACUUUAGAAAAAGUAAAGAUAUUGGGAAUAAAUGGUUUACAAGAUAGUGUAAAAAAAGCAGCUAAAAUUUUUGAUGACAAGUAUCAAAAAUACCUCCAAAACGAUCCUGAUUCAGAAUAUGCAACUUUUUCAAAGUUGGUGCUUUUAGAAUUAGGAAAGUUGAAUUUUUAA